AUGAAGAGGGAGCAGAGCUAUGGAAGGAUUCUAGUAGUGCUGGCUGCCGCAUGGGUCACAUACAGAUGCUAUGGACUGAUGGUGAGGGACAGAGAGGGAAAGGUUUCUAGUGAGCUCCUCGGCGGUUCGGGCAAGUCUGAGAAUCCCCGGACAGAAAAGCUGAGUAAAAAGGAGAUAAGAGAGAGGCUUGGAAGGUCGACAUGGACAUUGUUGCAUACAAUGGGAGCCAGAUAUCCUGCAUUCCCGACCUACCAGCAGAAAAAGGAUACCCUGAGCUUCAUUCACCUGUUGUCGUCCGUGUUUCCGUGCGGGGAGUGCACCAAGCAUUUCCAAAAGCUACUGAGCGAUUAUCCCCCAAGGGUUGGAAGCAACGAGGAGUUCAAGACAUGGCUGUGCGAGGUUCACAAUGUGGUCAACAGGAGGUUGGGAAAGACGGUUGUUGAUUGCAGGACUGUUGAUGAGAUCUGGGACUGCGGAUGUGAAGCCUAG